AAAAUUGAACUCAAUCUCAAAGAUUGACAAAUAUAUUACCAUCCUUUUUUCUCAUUCACAUUAUUUCAUCUGCGUAAACACAUUAGUAUUAUAGAUGUAGAUAUUUGUCUAUUAAAUACAUUCUGAGAAACCUAUCUGAUUCUAUUGAUAUUAUUUAUUCUUCAGUAAUUGAAUCUAUGUCUGUGACUGUGAUUGACUAGUUGACUUCUUUAUUGAACUGCGAAUUGAAAUAGAAAAUUAGACAUCGACUAUAUUAUCUUGUUUGUUUUUAAUCUCACAUGGGUUUGUGGCAUCAUAUUCCAUAACUUAAUAAUGAGUGAUGAAAAGCAACCACUUCUCAUAGGGGCUUCGGUACCCAUUGACAAUGUUGAAGUUCAGACUGUUGAAUUAGUUAAUGAUCCAGCUGUACCUAAAACCGAAAAAGAUAAAAGUGAAUAUCACCCCGCAGCAGAACGAUGUUUGGAACAUCCCACUUCGAACUUCGAUACUUUGAUCCACCUCCUAAAAGGAAAUAUAGGAACAGGCAUCUUGGCUAUGCCAGAUGCAUUUAAAAAUUCUGGCUUAAUUCUUGGUGUAUUUGGAACUUUGUUCAUGGGAGUAAUCUGUACACACUGCAUGCAUAUAUUAGUGAGAUGUUCACAUGAGCUGUGCAUCAGGAACCAAAGGCCAGCAUUAAGUUUUUCUGAAGCUGUUGAAGAUGCAUUUGCUUCAGGACCAAUUCCUCUCAGGCCGUUUGCUAAGAAAAUGAAGACUAUCAUCAAUAUCUUUUUGGUAAUAACGCAAUUAGGAUUUUGCUGUGUGUACUUUCUGUUUGUUGCGACUAACCUUCAAGAUUCGAUGCAUUUCUUCCAUAUAAACCUAAGUGUACACACCUACUUAGCUUUGUUGUUCCCACCGAUAUUAGCGUUGGCUAUGGUGAAGAAUUUAAAGUACUUGACUCCAGUUUCACUGGUAGCUUCCAUUAUGACGGCUUGGGGCCUAGUGGUUACUUUCUAUUAUAUAUUGCAAGAUUUGCCACCAACCAGUAGUGUAAAAGCCUUUGCGAGCUGGCAUCAGUUGCCAUUGUAUUUUGGCACUGCUAUAUAUGCAUUUGAGGGAAUUGGAGUGAUUUUACCGCUAGAAAAUAAUAUGAAAACGCCAGAAGAUUUUGGUGGAUGGACUGGAGUCCUUAACACAGGCAUGGUCAUUGUAGCAGCACUGUAUACUGCUAUCGGAUUCUUUGGAUAUCUGAAGUAUGGAGAACACGUCCUCGGCAGUAUUACAUUAAAUUUGCCAAAUGACUUAUUGGCGCAAAGCGUCCGAGCUGUUAUGGCUGCUUCCAUUUUUCUAUCAUACGGGCUCCAGUUUUAUGUUCCAAUGAAUAUUGUGUGGCCAUAUAUUAAAUCGAAAGUAACAUCUGAAAAUGCUCUAAAACAUGGGGAAGCAGUGACUAGAUUUGUGCUUAUAUCUCUAACAUUUUCAGCGGCCGCUUUAAUUCCCAACUUGAGUGGUAUCAUCUCAUUGGUCGGUGCUUUCAGCAGCUCAGCGUUGGCUUUAAUAUUCCCACCGUUCAUAGAAAUAAUAACAUUUUGGCCAGACCAACUGGGCAAAUAUGAUUGGAAACUGUGGAAGGAUGUGGCCAUAAUAAUUUUUGGUAUUACCGGUUUCGUCUUUGGUACUUAUGCUAGUUUAGAAAAUAUUCUAAAUACUGCCUAAAUUUAUUGCCCUACACAAACUGACUAAACGUAUAACACAAACCAA